UCACUCCAUUUUAACCUCGUCUAGAGGUUUUUCAUCUGAUGUCAUUAUUCUCGAAAUAUUUUGUCAGAAUCGAAAAAUAUAAAUAAUAAAGAAACGAAUAAGAAGGCAAUAAACUCUUGGGGCCAUUUCAUUUGAAGAAAAAAAUCAUUGACUCUGUACUACUAAGGAUGAUUGUGGAAGAUAUACUUUAAUUUGCUGGGUAAUUUUACGGUUAUCUUCAGUUUUUCAGCCACAAAAAAGUUGAACUGACGAUGGACAGUAUCAUAUCGUCGAGACAAUAAAAUUGUUUCGAAUGCACAAAAUGUGAUACUUUUUAUGAAAUUCAAAUAUGUUGAAGCAAACAAUAGAAAAUUCAUCAACAGAUGAUACAUUGAACGCACUCACAAAAAUUGACGUGUGUGAAUACGAAAAUCAUCUACCUAGAAGCUUUUUACAUGAAUAAUUCCGAUUAAAUAACGCAAUCUACACUAUUGCUGAUCAGUGAUCAUUGUUUUUGGGCCGAAAAUUUCGACGGAAGAAAAAAGUUAUACUUUCACAAAUCGAAAGUAACGCAAACAAAACUAGAAAAAGUGCAACAUUUUAUUUCCUUCAUUGAAUCAUCACCUCUCGAAACACUAAAAAUUAUUUCCAAUUUGGAGAUUCCAAAUCAAAGAUUGAUAACUUGAUAAUUUGCUUGUAUAAUAUUUUUCCAGAAUUUUUUCAGGAUUCCCAUGUGAACUUUUCCUAACCUCAAAUCGAAAUUGUGCUAUUCCACAAGUCACGUUCUAAGAUAAACACAUCCAAAAUCAUCCCAACUUGUUUUGACAAUACACAAAGGCCGAGAAUCACAUCGCCACGAUGUCAAAAGUUAUAUUCACCAGUAGGACUGUGGAAUCAGGUGUUAAAACCUUAUAUUUGGAUGAGGAGACGGCUGAUGUGCAUUUCGUAUUCGAAUCCAAUGGACAAACCGAUCGUAUUCCUGCUCACAAGACUCUCUUGAUUGCCGCAAGCAAAGUCUUCCGAGCAAUGUUCAAUGGGCAGUGGAAAGAGAAAGACGAAGUGCCGAUCCCGGAUGUGUUUGCCGCCGAUUUCAAAAUGUUCUUACAGUAUUUCUACUUGAGCGAAGUUGAACUGUCCAUGGAGAAUGUGGAAGCUGUCAUGAGCCUCAGUCACCAGUACGAUAUUGGUGCGUGUUUCAAUGAUUGCGCAACACUCUUGGAACAUAGUCUCACCGCCGACAAUGCCUGUAGGAUCUAUGCACUCGCGAUAUUCUACGGGCACGAAGAACUGAAGACGGAAUGUGAGAUAUUCAUUAGUCUCAACACGGAAAACGUCCUCAAGUCAAGCGGUUUCCUCGAAUAUGACCGAGAGACACUCUCUGAAAUUAUACGUCUCGAUGCAAUAUCCUGCUCAGAAACCACUGUGUUCAACGCAUGCGUGGAGUGGGUCAAGACCACCAGCGAACAUGAUGAAAUAAGCAAAGUGUUGGUUCAAAAUCAUCUCGGAAAUUUGUUCUACGAUAUUCGCUUCGGAUCGAUGACAAUGCAAGAGUUCAACGCCAUUUGCACAGCACAUGGAUGUUUAUUUACCGACAAAGAGCAACAGGGCAUCACAAAACUGAUCAAAUCGAAGAAAACGCAAUGGAAAUCGUUCAAUGGAACUCGUCGUGUGAGCCCAUUGGAAAAGUCGGAUGAGCUUAAAUGCAAUCUAGAAGCGGAUGUAACGCCAGAAGGCCAUGACAUUGAACACAUCGAAACCGCAAAAUUUUCAACCAACAAAACUCUGCUGCUGAAAGCGAUAGUUUUCUGCGAGGUAUACGCACAUGUUUUUCCCAUGGAAGAACCCUACGAACUAGAAGACAAUUUUACAGGCGAACUUACUGUGCUUGAAAUCGAUCCUCUGAACACUGAUGAAAAAGAAGCUCGCGUACUAUAUGUCAAUGAAAACGUUGAAUUGCUAAGUUAUGAACACGUUACCAUACUAUUGCCAAAGCCGCUCACCAUAAGACGUGGUUUCAAGUAUGAAAUUCGUUUUGAAAAAAAUGAAAAUAGUGGUAAUGGUGUAACCGCUUUCUUUAUAUCCCAUGAAGUAAAAAUCAAGCCUGACAUCAUCGUGAAGUUCGACAGAGAUCCUUAUUCGAGAGAAAAUGAAAAUCAUGGACUGGUUUGGGAGCUCAGAUUCAGCGAUAUUUAACGAGGUUUCUUUUUCAAUUUCAAGACAUAUUCCUUUCCAUUAGUUUGUUUUUCAAGUAAUCAGAUUUGAUCAUCAAGCCUUAAUAAAGUUAAGAAAUUCAGAACUAAAUCAUGUUAACCCAAAUUUCGCUUUCACAAAAAUGUCAACAAUUCCUAGUAUUUAACCAUUUACUUUAAUGACUUAAAAUAACUUUCGGAAGAAUAAAAAACCAAGAACAAUAAAUAAAUAAAGAGAUUAAUUCCAUAAUGUUUCCCUAAUAAAAUUUAACUAUUUUAUCAAAAACAUUGCCUUUUUUCAGAAUAAACUAAAUUUAAAUCAAUUACUUUAUUGGUGUA